ACUGGCCUUGACGAAGAUGCAGCUGCGCCCUGAUGACGCUGGGCCCCAGACGUGCUGGAGGAUGCGCCCUCCUGGCUCGGACCAGCUGUGGCCUUCUGCCGUUUCGCAGCUGGCUGCUCGUCACUCGCAGGCGCGGCUCGCUUGCCAGACGCACUGUCCUCACCAGCUUCCGCUGGCUGAGAUGGCUUCGUAGUAGCAGAACUUUGGCUCUUGGCUUGCAGUCGACCGGAUCUUCGGACAGGCUCCCCCAGCCUCGUGACCUGCGUCCUGCUGGCCCUGGCUUCGGUGGAGGCUGCCUGAGCCCUGGCGGUCUUGUGGCCUGCCUCUUCCUUUGCUUUCUUUUCCUUGAUCUUUUGAGAUCGGAUGUAGGAAGGGGAAUUUGUCAAUUCCUCGUUCGUAUCGUCCGAGUUGUUGCUGCCCUGUGCCUGGGGCGGCUGCUUCAGCGGUGGCUGUCUCCUGGACAGCCGACGGGGAGUGUUGCUGGGUGGCAUUUUUGUUAGUUUUGCGUCUGUUUGGUUAGUUGAAAGUUGUUAUCGAGUUGAUUGUCGAGGUUCAGGUCUGUCGCAAUUAAAUCAACGAUAGAGACAUCUGGCGUCGAUGUUGGC